AUGACUUCACUUCUUGUAUCUCCCCCCUCAUUCCGCUGGGAGCAUCCGGUUGUGGUUCACAAAAAUGAAUCCCAUGUUGUCCUCGGAGAAUUAGCUCCUUGCAGUUCUUUUAAAAGAGAAACUUGUCUCAAGUCUGUUGUUCUACUCACAGACAACAUGCAAAAUGCAAUUUUUAAAGCAUUUUGGUACCGGAAUAACUAUAUUACGGCUUCAUUUCUGCAGGUUGUGACCUUUAAAGCAGAUGGGACCGUCUUACUAAAUGACCUUGAAGUCACACUGCCUCACAUUACAGCCAGUUUUUCCAUCAUGCAGCCUUCUGAUCCCUACAUCAUUGCUCAAACUAAAUUUGGACUUCAGAUGCAGAUUCAACUAUCUCCCAUGAUGCAACUGUACAUUACAAUGGACAAAUCUGCCAGGAGAAAACUGCAAGGUCUUUGUGGGAACUUCAAUUCCAAGGAAACAGAUGAUUUUAAAACAUCAGGAGGUCUUGUGGAAGCCACUGCAUCAGCUUUUGCCAACACAUGGAAGGCCCGGUCUGCAUGUGAAGAUAUGCCAGAUUUCCUGGAUGAUCCCUGUAGCCUCAGCAUUGAGAAAGGUAACAAUUUGUUUCACGAUAGGUUUAUUUCACAAAGAUUUUUUAUAUUAUUUUAUCAUAGUAGUCAGUAGUAUAAAAUGUACUGCCAUGCCAAAAAAAAUCUAACCAGUAGUCGAUAGCUCAGGCAGAUGAUUUUUGGGCACAGAGAAUAUGAUUUACACUG